AUGUCCACCAUAGAAACUAGUGCACAUAUUUGGGUUACACGAUGUAGGUUUUUUUUAUUAUUUUUUUUUUUUUAUGGUUUGUUUUUAAAUGAAAACAUAAAUCAGACGGAAAAGCAAGGAGGGCUGCACUAGCAGUUACAGGAAUGUGACGAAGGGAAGGAAGCGGAGCAGAGAAGGAGCACCGCCGGUUGCGCCUGUUUUGGAUCGCGGCGCCUGCCUGGCCCAGGCUGGGAUGCGGCAGAGGAGAUGGAGUACGACGAGAGGCUCGCCCGCUUCCGCCAAGGCCACCUCAACCCCUUCGACAGAGGAGAGGAGAAUGGACACGCCCACAAUGAGGUGAAACCAGAGCUGUUCCAUUCUGAGGCUAAGACCCAGAGCACGGACCGGGCCAUGGACCUUGGACUGGCCGAGGACCACUUCUCCCGGCCCGUGGGCUCUUUUGUGGCGUCCGACAUCGAGCAGCUGAAGCAGGCGAUUGAGGAGUGCAAGAGGCUGAUCCUGGAGCUGCCUGAACACUCUGAAAGACAGAAGGACACAGUGGCUAAACUGAUCCACCUGCGCCUCAAGCUGCAGGAGUUGAAGGACCCUGAGGAGGAUGAACCGAACCUUCGCGUGCUGCUUGAGCACCGGUUCUCCAAGGAAAAGAGUAAGAGCGUGAAGCAGACCUGCGACAAGUGCAGUGCCAUCAUCUGGGGCCUCAUUCAAACCUGGUACACCUGUACAGGCUGUUACUAUCGUUGCCAUAGUAAGUGCAUGAACCUCAUCACUAAGCCUUGUGUGAGGUCGAAGGUGAGCCACCAGUCUGAGUAUGAGCUGAACAUCUGUCCCGAGAUUGGGCUGGACAAGCAGGAUUACAGGUGUGCGGAGUGUCGGACGCCCAUAUCACUGAGGGGUGUCCCCAGUGAGGCUCGCCAGUGCGACUAUACAGGACAGUAUUACUGCAGCAGCUGCCACUGGAACGACUCAGCUGUCAUCCCUGCACGCGUCAUCCACAACUGGGAGUUUGAACCCCACAAGGUGUGUCGGUCAUCCAUGCGCUACCUGACCCUCAUGAUCUCCAGGCCUGUGCUCAAGCUACGUGAGAUAAACCCACUGCUUUUCAACUUUGUGGAGGAGCUGGUAGAGAUCAGGAAACUGCGCCAGGACAUCCUCCUGAUGAAGCCCUAUUUCAUCACUUGCAAGGAGGCCAUGGAGGCCAGGCUGCUGCUGCAGCUGCAAGACCGGCAGCACUUUGUGGAGAAUGAUGACAUGUACUCGCUGCAAGACCUCAUUGACAUCUCCAGCGGCCGACUCAGCUGCUCCCUCACAGAGAUCCACACGACGUUUGCCAAGCACAUUAAGCUGGACUGUGAGAGGUGUCAGGCCAAGGGAUUCGUAUGUGAGCUGUGCAAGGAGGGGGAUGUGCUCUUUCCUUUCGACAGCCACACCUCUGUGUGCCAUGACUGCUCAGCUGUCUUCCACAGGGACUGUUAUUACGACAACUCCACUACAUGUCCGCGAUGUGCUAGAAUGACAGAACGCAAACACGAUGCGCCCAACGAUUCCCCAGAGCCCGGCUCUUAGGCCUGCAGCUUGGCCUCUGCACUGUGACAGCCAACAGGAGACACUAGAUACCCAACUUUGAGUGCCAGUUUGUAAGGACUGGUAUUGUGUAAGUAGCAUUCACUCCUUUCCGCGUCUCUGCUUUGAGUUAUCCAAAAUGGUAUUUUCAGCAUAUACAUCGGCAGCAUUGCACUUGACGACGGCACAUUGUGAAGAAUAUGGAUUACAGGAAAGAGGAAGUGGAACGCCUGUCACAUGCUGCAGUUACCAUGCACUAAAAGCCAAUCUUGAGCACUAAGGAAGAACCCCAUUUUUUAAAGGGAAAAAAGUUGUCACUAACACAAUGCAGAGCUACACUAAAAUCAGCAAUUUACCAACCAGUGGGAUUACAGCGGUGGACUUUGUUUACAGUGUUUUACAGAGGAAACAAUAUGCAGCUUCAAAUUAACUGACAUGCAGUAACUGCUCGACCAAAAUAAGAAGCUCUUGCUGUGCUGUUGCUCAUUUGCUCUUUUCAGAGCUGGUACCAGAAGGUGUUACCCUUAAUGCACAUAAAUCAGCAAAGUUUCUGACACCAUUCUGUAGUAACACUAAAUGGUCUUGACUAUUUUAAAAUUUUAUUUUUGUAUCAAGUUAAUGUUCUAAUUUUGUUUGUCCAAAAGUGUUUUUUUUUUUUUUUUCUCCUCCUGUCUGGAGUGUUAAGACCACCAGGUCAGAAUUGUCAUCAUUAAACUAAGAAAUUUGUGAUGGUAUAUGGUUUCUGAGGAUUUACCCUCUGCAGUACUCAUCUUUGUGCUCUCUUGUGAUGUGCAAUUGAAAAUGUGCAUAUGUACAUGGUUAGUUAUGUUUAUAUGUAUAAAUGUAGUGUAGUUUAUUCCUUAUUAUAUUGUAAGCUUAUAAAAUGCUUAUAUACAAGUUAUUUCAAGAAACAUGUACAUUUAUUUAUUAUAUUGUACAUGGAUAUUAAUAUUUGACUUUGUAGCGGGUUGUAAGCUCCUAACCGUGUUUUGCAUGAUUCCUGGAAGUGAAGCACGUUUGACAUUCUAUCUAUGUAGUGAAGUUCUAAAGCAUAAAUACUGUUAGUUAUACAUGAAAUCAAAUACAAAUCAGGCAUGAAUAUAUUUCUUAUAGUAUCUGGCCAUGCAAUAUUUUUCCCCCCCGUUUAUCCUUAUUUAAAUACCUUGAUCAAGGGUACUACUACAGCAGGACUAGGAUUCCAUCUGGAGUGUAGUCAGUGUUCUAAUUGCUAUUGUUCAUUCAUUGUUAUUAAUAAAGUUUCCGUUGAAUAUGUUUGUCUUAU